UCUUGUGGCGUUGAAUUCGGAGAGGUCUUUGAAAGAUGCAGCGAGAUCAGAGAAAGAAGAGCCCGAAAGAGAUGGACUUCUUCACUGAGUAUGGGGAUGCAAAUAGAUACAAAAUUCUGAAAAUUAUAGGGAAAGGAACCUAUGGAGUUGUUUGUGCAGCCAUUGACACACAUACCGGGGAAAAAGUGUCAAUAAAGAAAAUUAAUGACAUUUUUGAGAAUACCUCUGAUGCUAUUCGAGUCUUACGGGAGGUCAAAUUGCUUAGGCUUUUACGUCAUCCUGAUAUUGUUGAUAUCAAGAGCAUCAUGCUGCCACCUUCAAGGCGAGAGUUCAAAGACAUUUAUGUUGUUUUUGAGCUGAUGGAGUCUGAUCUUCACCAAGUCAUCGAAUUAAAUGAUGACUUGACACAUGAUCACCAUCGGUUUUUCCUGUAUCAGAUGCUACGUGCAAUGAAAUAUAUGCAUACAGCAAACGUGUACCAUCGGGAUCUUAAACCAAAGAAUAUAUUGGCAAAUGCAGAUUGCAAACUUAAAAUAUGUGAUUUUGGACUAGCAAGAGUUGCAUUUAAGGAUACACCAACAGCAAUAUUUUGGACGGAUUAUGUUGCUACAAGAUGGUAUAGGGCUCCUGAGCUGUGUGGAUCAUUCUUCUCAAAGUAUACACCAGCUAUUGAUAUUUGGAGUGUCGGCUGCGUCUUUGCUGAAGUAUUGACCGGGAAGCCAUUGUUUCCUGGUAAAAAUAUUGUUCAUCAAUUAGAUUUGAUAACUGAUCUUCUUGGGACUCCAUCCUCAGAUACCAUUUCUGUAGUUCAAAAUGAGAAGUCAAGGAGAUACUUGACAAGUAUGCGGAAAAAGCAACCCGUGCCGUUUUCUGAGAAAAUUCCAAAUGCAGAUCCUUUAGCACUUCGAUUACUACAACGGCUAUUAGCAUUUGAUCCAAAGGACCGGCCAACUGCCGAAGAGGCAUUAGCUGAUCCUUACUUCAAGGGGCUAGCCAAAGUUGAGAGGGAACCUUCCUGUCAGCCAAUCUCUAAGCUAGAGUUUGAGUUUGAGAGGAGACGGGUGACGGAGGAGGAAAUAAGGAAACUAAUAUUUCGGGAGAUACUCGAAUAUCAUCCACAAUUGCUUAAGUAUUACUUGGCGGGGAAUGAAGGCGCCAAUUUUCUUUAUCCCAGUGCUGUUGGUCAAUUUAGAAAACAAUUUGCGUAUCUUGAGGAAAACAGUGGUAAAAGUGGGCCUGUAAUUCCUCCAGAGAGGAAGCAUGUGUCACUCCCUCGGUCUACAGUUAACUCGAGUACAGUUCCUCCCAGAACAAAUCAAAAUUUGGCUUCAUGUGGUAGUCGGCAAGUUACAGAAGAGUCGUGUAAUAGCAUUAGAGUAACGGAUGCAAUUUCUGGUGGAAAUUUUGUGAAACCAUCACGCCCUCCACCUAAGGUGCCUGCAGGUAAGAAUUUUAAUUUUUUAACCAUACAUCGUAAACAAGUUCUUCUGCCAAUUGUUGUCAACAGGUAGCCCAAAGAACUUUAUGUUUUUAAAGAUCUGGAUUGUUUGAAACAGUAUUGGGAUUGCUUGAUUUUAACUUUGAAUGACUAGAAAUUUAUUCAUUAAGUAGGAUUGAGGUUGAUAAUAUAAAAUCAAAAGCUAAGGUGGGGAAUGCAAAGAAAAGCACAGGGAUAAGGAGGGGAAUGCGCCAGUCCGAAGUAAGAAUCAUAUUCUCUGAUGAAGACUUGUCAUGGAUUUGCCCCCCCCAUAGUGAUGCCGUAGUGGUGACCUUGCAAAUUGGAGAGUCCACCGUCGAAAGGAUAUGAAGGUAGUUCUUCGGAGAUUAUGUAUUAUGAAUUGUUCAGGAAGUUAGGAUUGUCACAUGACGACCUGCAUCUCACAGAUUCACCGCUUUAUGGCUUCAACUCCAGUCUAGUUUUUCCUUUGGGGAAAAUCUUUUUACCGGUUAAGGCGGGAGCAAUAAUUCAGCAAGUAGAGUUUUAGGUGGUUAACGGCCCCUCCCCGUACAAUGCAAUAAUGGGAAGGGCAUGCCUUCACAAGAUGAAAGUUGUUCCAUCCAUUUUUCAUCAAGUUUUAAGAUUCCCAGAUGGGAAUGGUGUUGGAGAGAUCAGGGGCAAUCAGGCAUCGGCUGAAUGGUGCAUGGUAGUGUCCACCUCCAACAAGAUGGACCAGGAGGUUCAAGCACACGAAGAAGACGAAGAACAGGCCGGCAUAGAGCCAAUUGCCAAGAGUGCGGAAGAAUUGGAAAAAGUGCCGAUUGACCCAGCGGAUGAUGAAAAGUUCUUUCUUGUGGGAAAUGGUCUUAGUUUGGAAGAAAAUGAUCAAGUGAUCCACUUCCUAAUACAGUUCAGUGAUGUGUUAGUAUGUUCGCAUGGACCUGUAUGAAUUGGAAGGAAUCAAUCCGGAGGUAGCUUGCCACAAGCUCAAUGUAGAUUCGAACUCAAAGCUAGUAAUACAAAAAAGUAGGAGAUCGGCACCACAACACGUAGAAGCCAUUAAGGAGGAAGUAAAGAAGUUACUCGAAGCCGAUGCCAUUCGAGAAGUACAAUAUUUGGAGUGGGUUGUCUAAUAUCGUCGUCAUCAAAAAGAAGAAUGGAAAAUGGAGAGUUUGUAUAGACUUAACUAGUCUAAAUAGGGCAUGUCUGAAGGAUAAUUUUCCCUUGCCCAAAAUCGACCAGCUGCUAGAUGCCAUUUCAGGACAUGAAAGGAUGAGCUUUUUGGAUGCAUACCGAGGGUAUCAUCAAAUAGCUAUGCAUCUAGACGACGAGAAGAAGAUAGCCUUCGUCACUUCUGUAGGAUUGUUCUAUUAUAAGGUGAUGCCUUUGGACUGAAGAAUGCGGGGGCAACAUACCAACAACUGGUUACAAAAAUGUUCCAUGGUUUGAUUGGCCGGAACCUCGAAGUAUAUAUUGAUGACAUGGUGAUCAAGUCACAUGAGGGUAAAAGCCACCUAACGGAUCUCCAGGAAGCAUUUGGGAUCCUCCGAAGAUACAAAAUGAAGUUGGACAUAACGAACUGUGCCUUUGGGAUUGGAUCGGGGAAGUUCCUUGGUUACAUUGUCACUCAACGGGGCAUAGAAACGAGUCUCGAUCAAAUUUGAGCAUUGCUCGACAUAGCCCUACACACGUUGGUGAAAGGCAUCCAGGCACUCACAGGAAUGGCAGCCACACUUAGCAGAUUCAUCAGCCGAUCUUCGAAUCGCUGCUGACUAUUCUUCCAACUGACGAAGAAAGAAAGCUUAAUUCUCACAGACUCCGGAAUGCAACCAAGCAUUGCAGAAAUUGAAAGAAUACUUGGUGAAACCACAAAAAAUUGUACGUUUACUUGGCCGUCUCCGAUCAUGUCGUAAGUGUUGGACACUCGUCAGAGAAUCAACGAAAAAGGCAAUCCCAUGUGUUCUAUGUAAGCAAAACUUUGCUUGAAGCGGAAAUGAGAUAUUUGCUGUUGGAAAAGCUUGUCUUGGCCCUAGUAAUCACAUCCAGGAAAUUGAUGCACUAUUUCCUGGCCCACUCCAUCAUUGGCUACACCGAACACCUGCGUAAGAGGAUUCUUCACAAGCCAGAUUCAUCAGGAAGAAUCUCAAAAUGGGCUGUCGAGCUCGAGCAAUAUGGCAUUCAAUUUAAACCAAGGACUGGAAUUCUCUGCUCGGUUGGACUUUUCGGCCACCAACAAUAAAUGCGAGUAUAAGGCCCUCAUUAAUGGAUUCACGACUGUGAGAACACUGGGGGCAGAUUCCAUCCCUGUGCUAUAUGACUCUUAGUCACAAAACAGAUGAUCGGGGAAUAUAUCGCCCACGACGAAACGAUGGUGAAGUAUCUAGUUGCGACCAAAAUAAUAGUAGAAUAAUUCUCCUCGUUCGAAAUCCAACAGGUAGGAUGAGACCAGAACAACUAUACUGAUGCGCUGGCCAGUUUAGCCUCGGCUAUUGAUCAAAUGAGAAGCCGAAAAAUCGAGAUUGACACUAUCAUGAAGUUUUGAGCAUUCAGCAUGGAGAAAGAUGCAUGAUCCCUUUAGUUAGUUUUCUGUCCAAAGGAAUACUAUGAGUCGAUAAGAAGGAAAUGCAUUGGAUUUGGCAGCAGGCCAUGCGUUUUUGGUUAAACAAAGAGAACUAGCUAUUUAGAAAGCCGUAUUCCGGUCCCUACCUAAAGUGUGUCAACCCAGAGGAGGUAAUUGGGAUGUUUGAAGAAAUCCAUAAGGGAUUAUGCGGAGCACAUGCAGGAGGAAGAUCAUUGGCACAUUAGGCACUUACCCAAGGGUAUUGGUGGCUGUAUAUGCAAAAAGAUGCCCAACAGUUUGUCCAACAAUGUGAAGCAUGUCAAAGGUACGUGCCGAUCAUAUGCUAACCAUUCAUGGAGCUCAACCUGGUCGCAAGCCCCUGGCUAUUUGCACAAUGGGGCUUGGAUCUAAUUGGACCUAUGCUUACCUGGCAACUAGAAGUGGUUAAUUGUAGCCAUGGAUUACUUUACAAAGUGGAUAGAGGCUGAGUCGUUAGCCAAUAUCAGAGACGUGGAUAUCAGGAGAUUCGUA